ACCAAAGUAAACGCCGGCCUCAUCACUCAUGGUCCUGCUGCAAAGAAUAGCUGUAACCAAAGGCAGUGGCUAUGGCCUCCUGGAUCAUCUCCUUCCUCUCCCUCUUCACCAUCUCAGCCUGUCUCUUCCUUCUCAACCUGUUAUAUGGAACCAACAAGACGAAGAAGAAGAAAGAACGCCCUCUUCCGCCAUGCCCAAGAGGACUCCCCAUCAUCGGCAACCUACACCAGCUAGGUCUCACCUUCGUGCUCCUUGAGCCCACCUUCCACAAGUUCAUAGCCCGCUAUGGCCCGAUCUUUUGCGUCCGCUUUGGCCCUAUGCUGGCUGUGUUCGUCGCCGACCGCAGCCUCGCCCACGAGGCCCUAGUUCAAGACGGCGCCACCUUCGCUGGUCGGCCUCGCUUCCCGGAGUUCGCCCGCAUCUUGAACAGCAACCAGCAUACCAUCAGCUCCGCCGGGUACGGGCCCCUGUGGCGCCUCCUCCGCCGCAAUCUCAUUGCCGAGACUCUCAGCCCUGCCCGAACUAAGUUCUUUACCAGAGGGCGACAGUGGGCGCUAGCCCUCCUAAUAAGCGAGCUGAGGGAAGAAGCUAAGGAAAACGAAGGCAUGGUCGUCGUGGGGACGUGUCUCCGGCGUGCUAUCCACCGGCUGCUCCUCUUCAUGUGCUUUGGUGAGAUGCUCGAAGACCAUGCAGUCCGAAAGGUUGCAGAAGUGUUGAAAGAGACGCUUGUGGCCACCGAGCGAUUCAACAUCUUGGGCUUCUUCCCCAAGCUCACCAAGAUCUUCUGCCGGCGAAAAUGGCGAGAGUUUCUCGAUGUCCGGCGGGAGAAUGAGGAGGCCCUCCUCCCCCACAUCCUAGCCCGGAGGGCCGUCGAGAAGAAGGAUGACCGCUUUUGCUACGUAGACUCCCUCAUCACUCUGGAGCUUCCGGACGGGAGGAAACUUGAUGAUGGAGAGAUAGUCUCGCUCUGCUUUGAGUUCCUCGGUGCCGGCAUCGACACGACGGCGACGGCGCUGGAAUGGACGAUGGCCAACUUAGUAAAGAACCCCAAGAUUCAAACCUUACUUUACGAGGAAAUUGCCUGCACUGUGAGCAGUAAUGCACAGGCAAGCGAGGAAUACCUGGCGCGGAUGCCAUACCUCAAGGCGGUGAUCAUGGAGUCACUGAGGCGGCACCCGCCGGGGCACUUCCUCCUGCCUCAUGCGGUCGCGGAAGAUGACGCAAGCCUCCAUGGCUAUGCGAUACCAAAGAACGCGACCAUCAACUUCAUGGUGGGGGAGAUGGGGUUGGACGAGAGAGUCUGGAAAGAUCCACUAGAGUUCAGACCAGAGAGGUUCCUGGCUGGAGGUGAAGGAGAAGAUGUGGACAUCACGGGGAACAGAGAGAUCAAGAUGAUGCCGUUUGGCGCAGGGAGAAGGGUCUGCCCAGGCAUGGGCGUAGCCAUGCUGCACCUCCAGUACCUUGUGGCCAACUUGGUCCGUGAGUUGGAGUGGUCCGCCGCCGACGGCGAGCUGGUGGACUUGGCCGAGAAGUGGGAGUUCACUGUUGUGAUGAAGAACCCUUUGAAGGCUCGGAUCAAACCAAGGAAUGGGAUUGCUGCUAAGUAAUGAAGCAUAGCGUUUCGUCGUCUCCGCCACCUGUUUUUCAGAAAAGGAAAUAAAUAACGGGCGCGAUGCAUGGACUCACGUUACAGUAAUGUUGUAUUGGCCAAAGGACAGAAUAAGUCUCGACAUUUAUAUA